GUGUGACGCAUUGUUGUAUUUGCGGAAGUGGUCCAGCCGGAUUAUCGCAACGUGAAUUUGCUGUUACCGAAAUUUCAUUGAGAAGUUGAAUGAGUUAUUUUAUUUGAAAACAAUCAUUCCGCGAUGGCAGCUCUUAAAUACGCCGGAAUGGAUGAUACAGACAGUGAAGACGAGCUUCCCCCCGGCUGGGAAGAGAGAUCCACGACAGACGGAUGGGUUUAUUAUGCCAACCAUGAGGAAAUGAAGACUCAGUGGGAGCAUCCCAAAACUGGGAAGAAGAAGCGCUGUGCUGGAGCUUUGCCAUAUGGAUGGGAGCAAGAGACCGAUGAUAAAGGCCAAAUCCUCUAUGUUGACCACAUCAACAAGCGGAGCACGUACUUCGACCCGCGGCAGGCCUUCACCGUGGAGGACGUGCAGCUGAAGCCCAAGCGCUUCGACGGGAACAGCUCGGCUCUGGAGGUGCUGCACGGCCGAGACCUGUCCGACCGUCUGGUGCUCAUCACGGGGGCCAACAGCGGGAUUGGUUUCGAGACCGCCCGAUCUUUCGCUCUUCACGGCGCCCAUGUGAUCUUAGCGUGCCGAAACCAAAGUCGUGCCAGUAAAGCAGCAAGACUGAUCACGGAGGAAUGGAGCAAAGCUCGUGUUGAAGCCAUGACGCUGGAUUUAGCUUCCUUGAGGAGUGUCCGAGAGUUUGCCGAGAUCUUCAAAGCCAGGAAACUGCCUCUGCACGUGCUGGUGUGUAACGCAGCCGUCUGCACGCAGCCCUGGAGAUUAACAGAGGACGGGCUGGAGUCCACCUUCCAGAUCUGCCAUCUCGCUCACUUCUACCUGGUCCAGCUCCUGCUGGACGUCCUGAGGCUCUCGGCUCCGGCCCGUGUGGUGGUGGUGUCCUCAGAGUCCCACAGGUUCACGGAUCUGGUGGACACGUGUGGGAAGGUGGACCUGAACCUGCUCUCCCCCCCGCAGAAGCAGUACUGGUCAAUGCUGGCCUACAACCGUGCCAAACUCUGCAACCUCCUGUUCUCCAGCGAGCUGAACCGACGCAUGUCAGCCUUCGGCGUCACCUGUAACGCACUGCAUCCUGGGAACAUGAUGUACACCUCCAUCCACCGCAGCUGGUGGCUCAUGACCCUGCUCUUCACCUUCGCUCGACCCUUCACCAAGUCCAUGGUAAGAGCAAGAGAUUUCAUUUUCCCUUCUUUCCCGUGA